AUGUUCAACUCAGUUGCAUGCAAUUUGAGGGUUCAUUGCAAUGAGAAGGAUAAGAACAUACUCCUUAACUUCAAACAAGGAGUCACAGAUCCUUCAGAAUCUAUUGAAUUCAAUUCAAUGGGUAGUGAGAAAUGUGAUGACUUGUCAAGGGCUAACCCUCCCCAUCUAUGUGGAAAGUUCAGCAGCCUCCAUUAUCUUGAUUUAUCAGAUAAUCAUGAUAUUCUUUUUCAUAAUCUCCAUUGGAUUUCGAAUCUUUCAUCGCUGCAAUAUCUUAAUCUUGAUGGUGUUCAUCUUCACAAGGAAAUUGAUUGGCUUCAAUCAGUCACUUUGCUUCCUUCACUGUUGGAGUUACAUUUGGCAGGUUGUCAACUUGAAAAGAUAUAUCCAUCCCUUCAAUAUGCUAAUUUUACUUCACUUCAAGUUCUAAAUCUUGCUCAGAAUCAUUUUGUAUCUGAGUUUCGUAUUUGGUUAUUUAAUCUUAGCAGUGACAUCUCUCAUAUUGACCUUAAUGGAAAUCAAAUACACGGUCAACUGCCUCAAACAUUGCCAAAUCUUAGAAGUAUUAAGUCAUUGGUUUUAUCUGGUAAUUAUCUCAAAGGACCCAUUCCAAAUUGGUUAGGACAACUUGAACAACUACAAAAACUUUUUCUUUCUCAUAACUUCUUUUCUGGUCCAAUUCCUGCCAGUCUGGGAAAUUUAUCAUCCUUGCUUCAUUUGAACCUUGCUUCAAAUCAGCUGAAUGGAAAUCUUCCAGAAAAUCUCAGUCAACUACUCAACUUGAACAGCUUUCUAGUUGCAGAAAAUUCCUUAACUGGAACUGUGUCUGAAAGAAAUUUACUUUCCUAUUCAAAUUUGAAGCAAUUAUCCCUUAAUUCACCUAACUUGGUUUUUGAUUUUGAUCCUGAAUGGACCCCUCCUUUUCAACUUCAAAUUAUUCGUUUUGGCAAUGUGAAAGACAAACUUCCUGAAUGGUUAUUCACAGAGUUCCCUAAAACAUCUAACCAUUGUAGACUCAACCGCUUCGUUUGA